AUGGAUAAUCUAUCUCAGAUAUAUCAAAGUAUACGCUGUCAAAAGUGUGAACGACGUUUAAAAAAUCCUCUUGAAUUAAAAUGUAGACAUGUCAUUUGUCGAGAUUGUCUUGAAACUAUUCUUCGAAAUCAUCGUACAAAUGCUCGUUGUCCAACAUGUAAUCAAUCUCUUGGUGAUUAUCAAAUUGAAAAUUAUACAUAUUUACAACCAAAUCAUUAUAUAUCACGUCUUUUAUCAACAUUUAUUGAUGUUAAUCAAUGUGAAACAUGUAAACAAUGUACAACAGUUAAACAAUGUUCACAAUGUUCAAAUGAUCAAUGUGAUUCAUGUUAUGAUAAACAUAUAAAAACACAUCGUCAAAUUAAACAACAAUCAAAUAAAAAUUCAGAUUUUUCUAAAGAAGAAAUUGAAAUUCUUGAAUCAAUGAAAAAUUAUUUAAAUGAAAAAGAAUUUGAAGAUUUUAUUCAAACAGCAAGAGAUUAUCUUGAUAAUGCAAUAUUAAAAGAAAAUCAAACAACUAUAUCUAUUGAAAAUAAUGGAUCAAUAAUUAAUAUAGAGAAAAAAUCAAUUUGGUUAGAACCAGAAAUUUAUGAUUGGUCUAAACAUGAAAAAUUUACUGAAGAUGAUAUUAUUAAUAGUAAACCAAAACGUGUUCAACAAUUACUUCGUCUAGAUUUUAUUCCUCGAUCUUAUCAAAUACGAAUGACAACAGCUGGAUUAAAAGGAAACAAUUCACUUAUUUGUCUUCAAACUGGUGCUGGAAAAACAUUUAUUGCUGGAAUUGUUGCUAAAUUCUUGCAUAUUCUCUCACUUCAAAAACUUAAUAGUGCAUCUGCAUCUGCAUCUGCAACUCCAUUGGAUGCAAUAAGACGAUUUAAAGCUGUUUUUCUUGUUCCAAUAAAAGCUUUAGUUGCUCAACAAUGUACAGCAUUUAGACAAGUUUUUAUCGAUCAACCUGAUUCAAUACUUAAAUCAAUUGAAAAUCAAGCUGGAGAACGAUUUAAAGAUCUGUAUCAACAAUAUGAUGUUUUCUUUUUCACAGUACAAAAAUUUGCUAAUUUUGUUGAAGCAAAACAUGCUGAUUUAACUAAGUUUGAUUUAAUUAUCAUUGAUGAAUGUCAUCAUUGUUAUGAUAAUCAUCCAAUAAAUUCUCUUAUGCGUCAAUAUCAUCGUUUAAAAUUAUCCGGUUGUAAUAUACCACAAAUAAUUGCUUUAACAGCAAGUGUUGGAACAAAUAAAAAAAAUGCAUUUGAUCAUCUUGUUCAUUUAUGUGCUAAUCUCGAUUGUUUUGAAAUAUAUGCUGUUGAACGAGGUGCUGAAGAAGAUGAAGUUCGUAAUUCAACAAAUACACCAUUAAGUGAUACUAUAUUAACUAUACCUAAAGAAGAAUAUGAUCCAAUUAUAAUGAAUCUUAAAGAUAAUGUUAUGAAAUCAAUUGCUAGUCGUCUUGCUUAUGAUAUAUCUACGAUGGAUAAUCAAAAAUUAGAAAAUUUUCUUGUUACAGAACAUCAAAAUGCAUGUAAAAGAAAUGAUCGUGAUGCAAUUAUUGGUUGUGAUUAUCUACUAAAGUAUCAUCGUUUUCUUCAAUAUUAUGAUGAUUUACCACUUGAUGAAUGCAUAAAAUGGCUUAUAGAAGCUUUACAAGAAUCCAAACCCAGUAUACCUACAACACUUGAUAAAUUUUGUCAACAAAAAUUAGAAGAAUUUCAUGAAUUGGUUGCAAUGCAAAUAUCAUGUUCAGUUCCAAUCAAAGCUAAAUUAAAAAAACUGAUUGAAAUGAUUAUUUGUUUGCAUUCAUCUCAUUGUCGAGGUUUAAUACUUGUACGUACAAAAUUUCAUGCAGUUUCACUUGAAGCAUUUCUUAAUAAAAAUCCAGAAUUAAUCAAACGUAAAAUAUUCGUAGGAUAUUUAACUGGACAAGGCUCAGCGGAAGAUCUUUCACUACCAGGUAGUCAACAAGCAACAGUUCUUAAUGAAUUUCGAAAAGGAACAAAAAAUUUACUCGUUGCAACUGAUGUUGCUCAAGAAGGAUUAGAUGUUGCUGAAUGUUCUUAUGUAAUUCGUUACGAAUUUGUAUCAAAUGAAAUAGGUACUGUUCAAAGUCGUGGACGAGCACGAGCUCCUCAAAGUAAAUGUUUUCUUAUAACAGAAGCAUUAUCCAUAAAUUAUCAACGUGAAUUAGAAAAUCGACAAAAAGAAGGAGAAAUGACACAAGCAAUAGAUGAAUGGCGUCAACGAGGCGUUGUAGAAUUUCGAAAGCUUCUAUUUAAAGAACAAGAUGAUUUAUUAAAAAAUAAUACUCAACAGACAACAUCAAAAUUUUCUCAAUCUAAUCAAGAAACAGCAAAAGAAAUUCAUUGUCGUUUUUGUGAUACAUAUCUUUGUAAAGGUUCUAGUUUACGAUUACAAGGUACAACAGUUAUUUGUGUUGAUCCAACAUUUGAACAACGUGUUAAACCACCAAAAUCACUUGGAGAAAGGUUUGUCUGUCCAAAUAAAACAUGUCAUAAAGAACUUGGUGGUGUUAUUUUAUUGUCACGUAAUACACCAGGAUAUGCAUUACAAAUAACAUCAUUAAAAUUUUUAAUCGAUGAUGAACAAACUCCACGUCUUUUUAAAAAAUGGAGUCAAUAUCAAGGUCAUAUGGAACCUUUGUAA